AUGAGUGUCACCAGCGCAAAUCAAUUAAAUAAUGCCAACCAUGUGUCAUCGGCGAUUUUAUCGUCAGCGCCUGACCCAAACGAAAUGUUAACAACAACAGUUGCUAACACAACAGAGUGGGAGCAAAAUUUCGAGGCAAAAAUAAAAGAUCUAUCGCCUGGCGAACAGGAAGCCGUGCGUCGGUUCUGGAGGUCAGUGGUGAUGCGUAAUGCGCCGCGUUUGUUUGGUGAUGAAAAUGGUCGUCUUCCUCAAUUAUAUGCCGGCAAUCCGGCUGUAGCAUCUGCCGCAGCGGCGGCUAAUGUGCGCAACUGCAAUUGCUGUCCGUACGGUUACCACAUCGAUUUGGAUUUCGUGCGCUACUGCGAGUCGCUAGCUAAUGCCAAGCCAUCGGAAGAGGAGCUGCGGCGGCGAAGUCGGCGGCGUUCGCGUAAAUCAAUGGAAUUCAUGCUGGGUCUGGAUGCGAUGUUCGAGCAAUGGGAUGCUGCAGCGCGUGUGCAGGCAGUGCCAGAGGUGCCCCACGAGAGUGACUCACCCGAUUCGCCACGCCUGCUGCCGCCACCCAUACCUUCAGCACCCGCUGCCUCACACAUCGCUUUCUGCACUUCUACGCCGCGUCCACGUUCCUCAUCGGUGCCGCGUUACACAUACGAAAGCAGCAGUAGUGGUGCGCCUCGUGCUGAAUCACCCUUUGGCACCGCGUCAUCAACAUGUUCUUCAGUGCGCGGCGCGGAGAGUGAUGCGCCCUACAGUAUAUUACGCCAGCGCCAAAACAGAGAACAUCAAUCACGCCGCGACGCGCCUGAGACACGCGCUUUUCUGCGCGAAGCACUUGAUGAGGUGUGCAGCGAUUUUGAACGUACGCUGGAGCGCACAUCGUUGCGGCGCAAGAAAGCGGUCAGUUGUAAUGAGCGUGAUGGUGGUUUCAAUGGCGGCGGUGCUGGUGGCUUGUUCAAUGGUCAAUUAUCCGCCACCGGCUAUGGCAUGGCAAGUGAUCGUAAUAACAAUCAUCAGCCGAUGUAUGCAAUGAAGACGGAUUUGCAGCCGCCGAAGUUGGGUAAUGCAGCGUGGUUGCGUGAUAAUUUCACGCGUAACGGCUACAGCUGCAAUGGCAAGCGGCUGUGUUAUGGCUGGGAGCGGGAAACUGCUGAGAAAUCGAUGGAUUCUUGCGUUGCUAGCAACAAGUCGCCGCGUACAACGCGCUACCUAGCGAAGGCCGCUGCCGCGCUACCCGUACACCAGAAACUUUCGCCUGCCGAGCAGCAGUAUGAGUCAUAUGUGCAGGCCACAGUGGCGGCGAAUGCAAAAUCGCCGGUUGAGCAGUUGGUACCACCACCGCCGCCACCGCGUCGUCAUGUACCACAACCACACAAGCUGCUGAGUCCCAACAAUGGUGAAGCGGAGCUCACAGAUGCAGAUGAAGUUGAUAAGAAACCAUUAACUACAGAUGAUAGCGUCAUACCCGUGAACUCCGAAAAGCAGAGCAUUUUACCAGCAUCAAGCAACGGCGUGGAAAGCAGUACAUCAACGGACGCGCAAACGCUGUACAGUAUACGUCAACAGAUGGCACUGAGCUUGAGGCGCAUGAAAGAUUUGGAAGAACAGGUUAAGACCAUACCGGAGUUACAGCACGAGCUAACACAAUUGCGUGACGAGAAGCAGCGGUUACAGCAAACCCUGCAGCGAAAAGAAGACGAAUUGCAGCGCGCGCGUGAGCCGCCGCGUCCUUCGGCCUCACCUAGUCCAGCGGCAAGCUUAAAAAAUGGCUCUACAGCACAGUUCACGCCACAACGCAUUAGCCCUGUCUCAUUGGAAAGUUUAGGUUCAAGAUUGCGCGCCAACUCAAAUAGCUCCGAGCGUCAGCUGCGCACACCGACAAUACUAAAGCGUGAUGUAGGCACUAUGUGUGGACUGCAUGCGACGCGAGAUAUUGCUGUUGGCAGUCCCGUGCAAAUCGUGCGUAGUGUUGGCACAAGUCCCAUACAGCAGCUGCGUAGCAUUACCGAGGCCCUCUACUCACAGUGGGAAUUGGAAGAGCAUACGCAGAUGGCGAUAACGCGUUACGAAGAGGAGCGCGCUUUGCAGCAGUUUAAAAAAAUGUCGCACGUUGGCAUACAAGUGCAGGCACCACGUUGCAUUGAUAGCGGCGCGCAAACCACAGCAGAACCAAAAGUACUUAAGAGCUCAGUCAGCACUAUGGCCAACCCAACAACACUUGAAGCGUACGUAAAUUGCCGUCCUGAAACGCGUUCUGUUGCCACCUCAGAAGACAAUAUUUUAGAUCCGCUAUGUGAUAAGUGUCGAGUCGUGAAACGCACCGUCGCUAGCAGCACGGAAGAUCCCGGUUUCAUAAAAGUCAAAUCGGUUUCACUGAAACUGCUCGACUCACCUGAGUUUCUGCGCAGCAAAACAUUCUCACUUGGUGAACAUGAUCGACUCGGGCGUAUACGCAAAACCACAGGCACACAAUAUACGCCAGUGCCAGUGCAUAGCGCCGGCUGCCAAACGGCGACUACUUAUGUGCACGCUGUUGGUGUACAAUGUGAGCCCGAACAACGAAAUGUCGGCGUUCAAAGCGAUGUAGCCUACGAAACACGUCAAACAGAUACGCGCGAUCUAAUACGACUUUGUGCCACACAAACCAGCACCGAGGAAUAUGUACCGCCGCCACCUGUUGUAGUAGAACCACCAAAAGUGGUUGUGCAGAAACCCACACCACCACCGAAACCAAGUAUGCGUACAACAGCCAGCAAUACCGACGCGCCGCGUAUGGUAGAUUAUGGCAUCAACACAUUGCCGCCGGCACCUAUACGCCAUACAGCAGCCAACACAGACACUGUGCGUAAGCGUGAUAUUGGCUGUGGCGAUGUGGUAAAACCGCACAUUUCCAUAGCCUGCGCUGACAAUUACUGUGAUUCCUGCAAAGACGCGAUUAAAAAUUUGGCAAAGGACUUUUCAAAAGUGCUCUCGCCACAAUCGCCACCCUCACCACGCCUGCGUCCUCCAGCGCCAGUGCGUAGUGCUUCGAUGGACUCGCGCAUACCGCUGCGAAAGAAUGUUCCGCCCAGUCCCAGCCCGGUGCGUCGCACCUUCCAACGCCAGAAUACGUAUACAAUAACAACGACGCCGGAGAAGCAAACUAUCACGAGGAGUGCCACAGCGAGUUCGCUGCACGAGAAGCCGCCCGCAAUUGCCCACUUCCUGCCACCUGACUCCGUAAGUGAAACACAGAGUUUCAUCACCGAGCCCAUCACUGCACUUAAAUCAAGCAGCGCUAAGGCAACAGCGCCCAAAGCUAAUACCGGCAUACCUGUGCUCUCAUCAGCGGCUAGUUCACGUCGCGCCUCCGAUGCCAGUCAGAAACGCAGUGAAACUCUUGAAACAGGCAAAGACGAUGAGACGAUGCCACUCCAGCCGAGUCUUGAUGGUCUAAUUGUGCGUGAGGAGAAACGUGUUAGUGUCAGUUGGUCGCGUGAUGCCUCACCAGCUCCGCAUAAAGAUGGCGCCGGCAAUUCCCCUCACCGCUCGCUGGAGAGCUCCUACAAUGAAAAGUUAAAGGAGGCCGAAGUUUUAGACGAGGAAAGUGAGGAGAAAGAAAAUGAGGAUGCUGUAGCUGUGGCCGAUAUGUCAAAGGGCGCGCGCCGCAAGACGACAACACUCAAAUCUAGUCAUAUCUCAAGAAAAGAAGCGGGACGUAUGGAAACCACUGCCGUUACCGCUAAGGUUGAGUCAAAGCAAGAGAAAAACGAAUUGGAAGAGCGACCACCAUCGAAGGCUUUGUUGCAGAAACUGGCAAUGGUUGAGGCGGAACCACGACAAAAAUUCGUUCCGCCUGCUGAUAUGCUAAACGCUUUGAAAACAAUAAAUAAUUCAUUGUUGAAGAAGAUCGACGCUAAGUCUUUAUCGGCGGCUAGCUUGAAGUCCUCUAAAUUGGUGAUUCAACAGGAAUGGUUUCGCGUUUCCAGCACCGAGAAAGCAAAUCCGCAUGAGGUGGAGGACUAUUUGGACUGUUUUGAAGAAAUGUCAGUGGCGCUCUUGGAGUACUGUGUCAAUAUGGUGGAUGCUAAUGGUAACACAGCAAUGCAUUACGCGGUCUCGCACGGCAAUUUUGACGUCGUAUCCAUUUUACUCGAUUCAAAGGUUUGCAAUGUAAACCAAAUGAAUAACGCUGGAUACACAUGUGUGAUGCUCGUCUCAUUGGCAAAGCUGAAAAACGCUGCGCAUCGCACAGUCGUACAACGACUGUUCCAGAUGGCCGAUGUCAAUAUACGAGCCAAAAAGCAUUGCCAGACCGCAUUGAUGCUGGCUGUGUCCCAUGGUAACAACGAAAUGGUCGAGCUGCUGUUGGCCGCUGGCGCCGACAUCAAUAUACAGGACGAGGACGGCAGCACGGCGUUAAUGUGCGCAGCGGAGCACGGACGAACGGAUAUUGUGAAGCAUUUGUUGUCACAGCCUGACUGCGAUUCGCUUAUAGUGGAUGUGGAUGGCGCUACGGCUUUCAAGAUAGCCUGGCAGGCUGGGCAUCGCGAUCUGGGUCUCUUGCUGUACGUGCAUGAGCAAAUGCUGCGCAGCAAGCAACCGAACCGUGGUGAUGCUACGCGAGUCUCGAUGGAACUGCCGCGUGGCACAAAGCCUCCGAAGUGAAGUGCUUUCAGAGUGCCGUUCGAAAAGGGCUCGAAAUUUUUUGUAACUUAAGUAAAAAUUAGUCCACUUAAAAAUUUUUUUUAAGGAAACGAGAAGCAUGAGAAAUUUUGAUUAACAGAGAGAUAUUGCUUAUUCAAUUAGAAUUAGUUUCAAAUGAAAUUAUUUGAAAAAAA